CCCGCGCCGCCAGCCCGGAAGGAGCCGGCCGGCCUGAGCGCCCGCGGCGGCUGAGUCAGGCGGCGAGCGCGGCCCGUUACCGCCGGCGCCGGGGGCCGGGGUGGCGCUGUGGUUUCGGUGCGGGCCGCGGGCGGGAGGGCGGCAGCCUAACGAGCUCUCGGCACGCACCCUCCCCCGCCCCGCUCCUGUCCCGUCCCGCGGGGGCCCCGGCGCCCAGCUCCGGCGUCGGCCCCGAGAGCCCUAGUUUCACCGUGGGAGCCGGGCGCGGGUCCCGCCGGCAUCUGCGCGGCGGCCGGGGGUGACCGCAGCCCCUUGGGGUCGGCAGCGGGCCCCACGCUGCCGGUGGCUGCGGCCUGAGAGUCCCUCUCCCCUGCGCAGGGGCCCGCGCGCCUCACCAUGGGGCCCCUGAGCCGGGACGCCUGGGCCCAGCGCUUGGGGGCCUUCCGGGCCAGCCCGUCCGCCUUCAUGGCAGGUCCCGAGGGGGAGGAUUUGGGUCGCGACCUGCUGGGCGACCUGAGAAGUGAGAAGCUGAGCGAACAGACCAAGGUUUCCCUGGUGGCCCUGAGCUUGGAGUACCCUGCGCAGCUGUGGCCCGACGCCUCUGCGGCCGAGGUGGCCGCCACCUCCCUGUUGGACACCUUGGUCCUCCUACCCCCGCGUCCCUCAGCUCUUCGUCGGCCACUGCUGCUGGCGGCCACCACUGCCCUGGCGGCGGGCGGCGCGCUGGGCCCCACCUCGGGCGCCUCCUGCCGGCUCCUGCCCCUACUGCUCGGCCUGGCCGCGGGCAGCGAUCUGGGGCGAGGCUUUGUCCCCGCCUCGGAACAGCGCCCCUUGCGGGCUACCGCCUGCGAGUGCCUGCGAGAGCUAGAGAGCUGCAAACCUGGGCUGCUGGGGGGCUCCCUGGGGUUGCUGCGGGGCCUGCUGGGGCAGGAAGGCCCCGUCCAGCCACUCAGCCUGUUGCUGGCCCUUGCUUUGCGCAACACCUUGGUGCUCCAGUCCCGGGUUGGGGCUGGCCUGGGGGGACUGCUCACGGAUAAGGUCUCCCCAACUGGGGGUGGUCCCUGGGAUUGGACACUAGUGGAGGAGGGCGAUGGACGCCUUCAGCCCCAGGCACCCAGCUGGCCGGCAGCUGAGGAGGGAGAGGGGGAGCGUAGUCUUACAGCACAAGAGCACAGCCCUGAGGAGGCGCGGGAGCUGCGGGCUGCGGUGAUCCAGCUUCUGGACACCUCCUAUCUGCUCACUCCUGUGGCCCAGGCCCAGCUCCUGUGGCUGCUGGGCUGGGCCCUGCGGGGUCUGCAGGGACAGCCACCGGCACUCUUCAAGCCGCAGCUGGUACGGCUGCUAGGCACAGCACAGCUGACACUGUUGCACGCCGUGCUUGCGCUCAAGGCGGCCUUUGGUGAGGCCCUGUUCACAGCCCAGGAUGAAGCGCUGCUGCUCCGCCGGCUCACCUUGGCUGCCCAGCACCCUGCUCUGCCUCCGCCCACCCAUCUCUUUUACCUGCACUGCCUCCUGAGCUUCCCUGAGAACUGGCCGCUGGGCCCUGAAGGUGAGGAGGCUGCCCCACUGCUGCUAGGGCCCCAGCUAUGCCGUGGUCUCCUGCCCAGUCUCGUGCAUGACCCAAUGGCCCUCCUGGCCCGCCUGCAUUUACUGUGCCUGCUCUGUGCCGAGGACGAAGAAGAGGAGAAAGGCCAGCUUCCAAGCCCACGGCACUACCUGGAAGAGCUGCUGGCUGGCUUGCGGCAGCGGGCAGCCCUGGAUGGGGGCCCCCGGGCCUUGGCCACUCUCUGCUUCCAGGCCUCAUAUCUGGUGGCCCGCUGCCUGGCUGGGCAACCUACGGUGCUGACCCCCUUGAUCCACGGACUGGCCCAGCUGUACCAAGCCCAGCCCAUUCUGGCUCCCCACUUUGUGGACCUCUUGGAUCAGGUGGACUCUGAGCUGAGGGAGCCCCUGAAGGUGGUGUUGCGGCAGGUGGUGGUGUCCAGGCCGGGCAGGGAUGAAGCUCUUUGCUGGCACUUGCAAAUGCUGGCAAAGGUGGCAGAUGGAGAUGCCCAGAGUGCUACCCUCAACUUUCUACAGGCCGCAGCUGCCCACUGCACGAACUGGGACCUACAGCAGGGCCUGCUGCGGGUCUGCCGGGCGCUGCUGCGGGCAGGGGUGAGGGGUGGCCUGGUCGACUUGCUGCAGGUGCUGGCCAGGCAGCUGGAGGACCCUGAUGGGCGUGACCAUGCCCGCCUCUACUACAUCCUGCUGGCACACCUGGCAGCACCCAAGUUGGGGGUGGCCCUGGGCCCCUCACUUGCCGCACCUGCACUGGCGUCUUCACUGGUGGCCGAGAACCAGGGCUUUGUGGCAGCACUGAUGGUGCAGGAGGCCCCGGCCCUGAUACGGCUGAGCAUGGGGUCCCAUCGGGUCAAGGGCCCACUCCCAGUGCUGAAGCUCCAGCCGGAGGCGCUGGAGCCCAUCUACUCUGUGGAGCUGCGCUUCCGUGUGGAAGGACAGCUAUAUGCACCCCUGGAGGCUGUCCAUGUGCCCUGCCUGUGUCCUGGCCGCCCUGCCCGCCCUCUGCUCCUGCCGCUGCAGCCCCGAUGCCCGGCCCCCGCACGGCUGGAUGUCCACGCCCUUUACACCACAUCCACUGGUUUCACGUGCCAUGCCCACUUGCCACCCCUGUUCGUGAACUUUGCCGACCUCUUUCUGCCUUUCCCUCAGCCCCCAGCGGGGGCCGGGCUGGGCUUCUUUGAGGAGCUCUGGGAUUCCUGCCUGCCAGAGGGUGCUGAGAGUCGUGUGUGGUGUCCACUUGGGCCACAGGGCCUGGAGGGCUUGGUGUCCCGCCACCUGGAGCCUUUCGUCAUGGUGGCCCAGCCCCCUACCAGCUACUAUGUAGCGAUCCACUUGCCCCCGGACUCAAAGCUGCUGCUGCGGCUGGAGGCAGCCCUGGCAGAUGGAGUGCCUGUGGCCCUGCGGACCGAUGACUGGGCCGUGCUGCCCCUGGCAGGGGACUACCUCCGUGGGCUAGCGGCUGCUGUCUGAGCCCCGGGAGACCAGGUGGCAGGACUGUGGCCCUUGUGGGGGCCAAGUCACACUCCUGUAGCUCUUUCCCCAAAACCCUGCAUUCUGCAGCGCCCUCGCUGGCUUGUUUUCUUGUGGGCCCCAGUUGGGAACAGGCUCAUGGGGGUGAGGGUCUGUCUUAGUCUGUUUUUGCUGCUCUAGCAAGAUACCUGAGACUGGGUAAGUUCUAAUAAACAGAAAUGUA